AUGAACGGAGUCAAAGUGGAUAUAAAUCAUUUGAAAAAGGGUGAAGUCAACUUGGGUACUUCUAUUAUGGCUGUUACUUUUAAAGAUGGUGUAAUUUUGGGGGCUGAUUCACGAACUACAACAGGGUCAUAUAUUGCCAAUAGAGUCACAGACAAACUAACACAAAUACACGAUACCAUCUACUGCUGUCGUUCAGGUUCAGCUGCCGAUACUCAAGCUGUUGCCGAUAUGGUUAAAUACUAUUUACAAAUUUACUCAUCACAAUUACCCAAUGGUCAAAAACCAACAACAAAUAUAGCUGCUAAUGUAUUUCAAGAAAUUUGUUACAACAACAAGGAUAAUUUAACUGCAGGUAUUAUAUGUGCUGGAUAUGAUGAUAAAUAUGGUGGAUCAGUAUAUUCUAUUCCCAUUGGUGGGUCAAUACAUAAACAAAAUUAUGCCAUUGCUGGAAGUGGAUCUACUUUUAUUUAUGGAUGGUGUAACGAGAAUUAUAAACCGGAUAUGGACAAAGAUGAAACGGUUGAGUUUAUCAAGACUGCUUUAGCGGAGGCGAUUAAAUGGGAUGGUUCAUCGGGUGGUGUUAUAAGAAUGGUUAUUUUGACGAAAAAGGGAGUUGAGAGAUUGAUAUUCUAUCCUGAUGAGUAUGGUGUAUUGACUAAGAGAACUGAGUAG